CCGACUGCCGCGGUAGAAUGUUGUUUUUCGGGUGGUUGUCGCCCGAAUCAUACAUAAUAACCUUCGUUCUUUUCUAGCAAAUAGAAAACACAUAUGGUACGUUUGUUCGUUGUGGUCUGUAUCCGCUCCUUAGGAAUGAGCAAUCGACGCUCAGGCGAUUCGUGGGAGCGGAUAACAAAGUUGAGGACCGUUGUAUCGGUGUCAGUGUGAUUCGUGAAUUGUUUGCCGACGGCGUCAGGAGAGUCGGGAGAAGACAAGUACACACGAUCAGCGUGUUGUCUAUUCUCUUUCUCUUGCGUGAAACAGUGCGUAUGGUCGAAACAGUGCUGUGAACUAUGAAUGCGUGACGCGAUACACAACAGUUCUCUCGAGUACAAGCGCGUGCGCGCGCGCACGAAUAUCUUUCAGUCAAAAUGAGUGCGUUUGCGAGAAUAUGCGUAAUGAAAACGCAUAAUCGUCGCGUGGCGUCGUCAUGGCAUUCGUGGCAAGUUUUUCGGUCAGCCACGAUUGUUCUGUGUGUGCUGUUGGAUUAUUAUUGUUCGGUGCAAGGGCGCAGCAUCACAAGUCUCGAGGCGCCGAGCGACUGUGAGUGGAGAAAGGACGAUGAAGAAGGAAGAGAGAAAGAUCUGUACUGUAAAGUUCGAACAAUCGCGAACGUGCCGGGGCUGAUCGGUAAUCUCUCGUCCAUACAAGUAGAUUCCAUAACAUCGAUGGGAUUGGAAUGCAGCGACGUGUUGGUCUUCGAUAGCAAGCUAGAAAAUCCGCACAGUUUUUUCUCGCCGUUGCCGCGUCUCGAGAAGCUGCGUGUCGAUCAUUGCAAGAUCGAUUUUUUGCCGGGCGGCGUGUUCGCUUCGUUGCACAAUCUUCGAAGUCUGACUUUGCGAACGCACAACGGCGACUGGUCGACUAUGUCAUUGGAGUUGCAUCGCGAUACGUUCCGCGGCCUUACAAGUCUCCAACAUCUCGAUCUCUCCGAUAAUAAUCUAUGGACGUUACCGUCGGAAUUGCUCUGCUCGGUGCAGAGUCUCACGAGGUUGAAUCUGACGCGCAACAAGUUACAAGACAUGAGCUCCCUCGGCUUCUCUGAUUGGGUCGCGACCUGCACGCCCAAUCUCGAAAGUUUGGACAUUAGUGACAACGACCUCAGUGCCUUGCCCGAUCACGCUCUCAGCAGCUUGCGUAGCCUGAGUAUGCUGAAGAUACAAGAUAACGCGAUCGCCUCUGUUGGUGAUCACGCUCUUGCCGGUCUCGCGUCUCUACGAAUCCUUAACAUGUCUAGCAACAGACUCGUCGCACUGCCUCCUGAAUUGUUUUCGAAAACACGAGAUCUGAGAGAACUUAUACUUAGCAACAAUUCCCUUUCCGUAUUAGCGCCUGGAUUACUGGACAAUCUCGAGAAACUUCAAGUGUUGGACCUUAGCAAUAACGAAUUGACAAAUCAGUGGGUAAAUCGGGAUACUUUUCCACGGCUAGUCCGCCUCGCUGUUCUUGACUUGUCGUUCAACAUGUUGACAAGGAUAGACGCGUACGUUUUCAAGGGUCUGUACAGUCUACAGAUUCUCAAGCUUGAGUAUAACAAAAUCGACACGUUGGUCGAUGGUUGCUUUGCCUCGCUCACCAAUCUGCAUUCUCUCACGUUGUCACGUAACAAGAUCGCCAGAUUCGAUCCGGUGCACACGAUCGGUCUCGGCGCUCUCGGCCAGCUUUUUCUGGAGAACAAUCAACUGUCUUACUUAGACAAGCAUGUGUUUGUUAAUCUUACAAAACUUAUAGAUCUUUCUUUGAAUGAUAACAUUCUGAUGGGAAUUCCCCAUGCGAUUCGUAUGCUGAGGAAGCUGAGAACCCUCGAUUUAGGUAACAACAACGUGUCGAAAAUUGAUAAUGACUCGUUCGUUGGUUUGGACGAGCUUUACGGAUUGCGUUUAGUGGAUAAUAAGCUCGAGAAUGUGUCACGCGAGGCGUUCGCGUCCUUACCGUCGUUGCAGGUACUCAAUCUAUCGAACAAUCUCAUUCGUCACGUGGAACAGAGCGCGUUCGCGAGUAAUCCGGUAUUACGAGCCAUAAGGUUGGACGGAAAUCAAUUGACGGAAAUUCGAGGCACCUUUACAAGUCUCUCGUCUCUUGUCUGGCUGAAUGUGUCCGAUAAUAAGUUGCUGUGGUUUGACUACAGCCACCUACCGUCCAGCAUAGAAUGGCUGGAUAUACACUCGAAUCAAAUAAGUGAGCUGGGAAACUAUUACAACAUGCGCAGCAAUUUGCGAAUAAAGACACUGGAUGCUAGUUUCAAUCUCAUCACCGAGAUUGCAGAUGUUAAUGUGCCAGAUAGUGUGGAAACAUUAGUGCUCAACAACAACAAGAUACGUAACGUAGCGGCUGACACAUUUUUGAAAAAAGUAAACUUACAGAAAGUAAUUCUUUACGGAAACGAGAUCAGAAAUUUAGAACAGUCCGCUGUCAGUCUGCAAGUGUCAAAAGAUAAAGAAUUACCUGAGCUUUAUAUUGGCAACAAUCCUAUUGUUUGCGACUGUACUAUGGAAUGGUUGCUGUACGACAAUAUAGAAUUAACUCGCGACCGUCAAUAUCCGCGCGUUAUGGAUUUGGACGCCAUCACAUGUGAGAUGGUGCACGCGCGCGCCACACCGCGACGUCCGCUGGUGACCUUGAAGUCAAACGACUUUCUCUGUCAAUAUUACACACACUGCUUCACUCUCUGUCAUUGUUGCGAUUUCGACGCAUGUGAUUGUGACAUGAGCUGUCCGGAUAACUGCACGUGCUAUCAUGAUCACAGCUGGUCCAGCAACGUCAUCGACUGCUCCAACGCGGGAUUCAGAACAGUACCCGAUCUGAUACCGAUGGACGCCACGGAAAUUUAUUUAGACGGCAAUGAACUAGGCGAUCUAGGUAGUCACAUUUUUCUUGGCAAGCGUCGUCUGGAAGUGUUAUAUUUAAAUAACAGCGGGAUCGUUGCGAUACAUAAUCACACGUUCAAUGGCGUCGAGUCUUUGCGAGUUCUUCAUCUAGAAGACAACACAUUGCGAGAGCUGCGGGGCUCCGAGUUUGAUCAACUGGAGAACAUAUCGGAGCUGUAUUUGGAUCACAACGCUAUCGCUACCGUGGCGAACACAACUUUCAAGAAGAUGCGCAAUCUCACGGUUCUGCGAUUGGACAGCAAUCGCAUCGUCGAUUUUCGACCGUGGGAAGCUCUGUCGAGCCUCAACGGCGACACCAAGAUUGCUUUGGAAGGCAACGCCUGGAGUUGUGAAUGCGGGAACGCCGGCAGACUUCGCGCAUGGCUUGCAGAACACCGCGGUGAUCCAGAGAGAAUGUAUUGUCGCGACGGCGUUGAGACGUUAGCUCAAGCAAUGAAACGAUGUGGUGAUCCAUCUAAGGAAGCUGUGAGUCGAGGCAUCCAGGAAAUUCCGCUGCUAGGUGGCAACUUCGUGCCGUUGCUCGCGGGUACUUUGGUAACCAUCAUUGGUAUUUGUCUUGUUGUCGCUUUGGGCUUUAUUUUUCGUCAAGACGUGCGCCUCUGGGCCCACGCGCGCUAUGGUCUGCGUCUCGGUAAAAUGACAGCGCCACCUGAUGAAGAAAGAGACCGAUUAUAUGACGGUUACAUUGUUUAUAGCGAACGGGACGAGGAUUUCGUCUCUAGAUUCCUAGCAGCUGAACUAGAACAAGCCGGAUUGACACUCUGUCUGCAUUGGCGCGAUUUGCCGCCAACCAGACCGCAAGAAUCGUUACCGCCAGCCGCGGCUGCCGCCAGACGCAUCGUCAUCAUUUUCUCGCCGGUAUUUUUGACAAACGAGUGGCAGCAUCCCGAUUUCCGCGCCGCUCUCAGGACAGCAUUGGAGAAUAUUAGGCCGACUUCACGGAAACGCCGAGUAGUAGUGCUCCUAGCUACUGAAACGUCUACUCGGGAUCCGGAGCUGCAGUUGUUAUUACAGACGUGCACGGUAGUGAUCUGGGGCGAAAAAAGGUUCUGGGAGAAACUCAGAUUUGCUAUGCCGGAUUCGGUAGACAAGCGACGGGAUAGCAAGAAGGCCAAUGACCGCAACAGCCGCACGCCGACGCGAUACACCGCGGCGCCGUCGACCGCGGUAGAUGUGUGGACCAAGCCUAAUGGCGUUUUGGUCGCGCCAGUGCACCAUGCGCCCACGCCGACGCCCACGCAGUCUACCUACGUCAGCUCGGCGUCCAGCCGAACCGAGGACGAGGACAGUGGUGCGGAGCAUCAGCACCAGCAUCACCACCAUCAGCAUCAUGAGCACGGCUAUAGCGCGCUGCACUCCGGUAACGGCCGUCCGGCUAGUCUGUCUUCCAGGGGCAGCCAUCUAUAUAGCACGAUACCGGAACCACCGAUGAUGCCAACCGCGCCGCCUGGGGACAUCAUCGCCUCCCCGCAUCCGGGCAAUCCGCGUACUUACUUCGUCUAGCGCAGAAGAGCGGCGAUCGUGCUCCGAUCCGGCAGGAGAUAGACCGGCCUCCCCUCUUCCGGUUGUAUCUCGCUUUUCCGGUGUCCAAUAGGGCGCGAUCGUCCGGCCGUGUCGCGCUAACGUUUUCUCGUCGGACGGCAUCGAGAUACGUGAAACGUUCUUCGCUUUAGAAUGAUGUUCGUACCACUUAUACACAGUAUUUACCGAUACACUCGCGUUGUAUCGACCUACGCCGCCUUGACUGAGGCGCUUCAGCUCUUCCACUUGUUGAGGGUCGAUCGCCCCGUGACCCUUUCGGCGUUCGCGCGCUUACAUGGAACGCGCGAUCCGGAUGUGACACGAGAGCGUCUAGUAUUUUAUAUAUAUACACAUACAAGAUCGAUUCUCGAUGUCUUGUGCUUAUCACUAAUGUAUGAUAGAUUUGAUGACAGAGCUUGACUUUUCAUCGAACUUUGAAAAUCUCUUUUUCACCUUUUGGAGCAAUGUUCUUCCAAAUAACGACCAAAAUAUUUCAAUACUCUAAAGUCUCGAAACUUUGAAUAACUUUGAACGCGUUUAUUAAGAAUACUUUUUUUUUUUUUAUCUUAUUUAUGUUUGUAAAUAAUUUCAUGACGUGAGAGCAGCGGGAAUCUAGAUCGUGAAUUUUCGCGCUUAGAUUUAGCGCGCAUCAACCAAAUCGUUACAUAAAAUAGUUUCGAAUUUAUAUUAAUUGUACAUAUCCUGCGCUCUCUAAUGAUUUUUCUGUGUGAAUUUUUUGUGCGUCCCUGUGUCGAUUAGCUUAUUCGUAAUGCGACAUUAUGGAUGAAUCAUUGAUGUACGAAAGUAGGUUGUAAUCCAAGCAAUUGAGCAAAUUUUAUCAGUUGUUUCAUUGCAAACGACGGAUCUCUAAUUUAAACAUUUCGCCGUUUGAUCUCUUUCACAAGCGCGCUUUCUUUGAUUUAAAGUCACGCUAUUUUGAUUUGCAUUAAUUAGCGUAACUAUCAGCAAACUUAUCAACAUGAUUAUGAGAUUUAAAUAUACAUGAUGAACGGUGAGUAAGGAUGAUAAAACGUACAUAUACUGCAAUAAUUGCCGCCGUGUAACGCGUAGCGUGAUCAUUUUGUGAGUAAUUAAAUUAUUUUGUUAAUUUUUCUACGUUCAAUAUAUUUCAUACAUUGACCAUAUGCGAAACAAUUACAACAAAAGAGACAUAGAACAGAUUUGUUUAUAUAAUAUUUAUUUUAUAUAUCUUUACAUGUGUGUAAAAACACA